ACGGGAAAGAAAGCAAGCGCAAGAUUUGUGGUUAUGCGCGUUUUGCCCGUCGAUUUUGCAGUUAGGCUUCAUCGUUUUUGCCUCAGUAAGCGUUGUUACCACUGGAAAUGUAUUGUCUUCAUGCGUUACGUCAUCCACAAAGCUGUUGAGUACCUCUGUCAACAAUUCCAAGUGGUGGAUAGCUUACGACUGCUCUUUUGAAGUGAAAUAAUGGACUACCAUGAGGAUUACGGCAGCGUAGGUCAUGGUGCGGACAACGGAGGUUACGACACGGUGCCCCCACCUCCUGGCACCAGUUCUAUUACUCUGAGAGAUGACAGGUCACGAGAAAGAGACAGGGAGCGCAGGAGUGACAGAAGCCGCCCGAGGGACAGAGACUAUCGUGAUCGUGGCAGAGACCGGGAUCGAGAUCACCGGGAUCGUGACAGGGAGAGAGACCGUGAUUACUACGAUUCGUCUUCUCCCAGUCGGGCAUCUCGUGACGUGGACUACCGCGACCUCGAUGACUCAGAUCGCCACCGUCGUCGGGAUUACUACGACGAAGAUCGGGACCGAUCUCGUAGAAGAGAGAGAGAUUGGGACCGUGACAGAGACUGGGACAGAGAUCGGGACAGAGAUUGGGAUCAUCGAUCCCGGGACCGCUCGUGGGAGCGGGAUAGAAGGGAUCGUUUUGACCGGCGAGACGAGAUUCCAAACAGUACCAUAAUGGUGCGGGGCAUUCCAGUGGAGGCCACAGAUGCUGACCUAAAAAACGAAGUCACAAGAUAUGGUCUUGAACCAAAGGAUAUACGACUCAUGAAGAGGAGAGACACAGGUGCCUCCAGGGGGUUUGCAUUUGUGGAGUUUCGGUAUCUCUCCGAAGCGGUUCGGUGGAAGGAACUUACAAAGGGUGCCAUACAGCUGGGGGAUGUACGUUGCCUUCUGCACUACAGCAUUCCCAAGGACGGUCCCUUUGGAACGGACAGAGGCGGUCCCGGGGGUCUAGCUAGGACAGAUUGGAAUUGUGCCAAGUGUGGAGUGAACAACUUCCGACGGAGGGACAACUGUUUCAAGUGUGGUGCUCCAAGAGAAGAAGCUGAAAUUCCAAUCUCGGGUGAAGGCUAUGACGAAGUCAGCACCAUGCCCACAAAUAUACUGUUGCUGAGGAACCUGGACGUACUGACAACCGAAGAGCGUGUGCUGGCUGUAUUAGGGCAGACAACAUCUGUGCCCAUCAAGAGCCUGAAGGUGGCGCGUGACUCAGCAACGGGCGUCUCACGUGGUUUCUGUUACGUAGAGCUCCAUACGGUGGCUGAGGCUGCUCAGUUGGACGACCUCCUGUUGAACUUAGGUGGACAGUUCUACAUUGAUGGCCGGCAAGUUAUUGUUUCCUACGCAAGAAAACCAAGAAAUGUCACAAGUGCUGCACAGGCUAACGCUGCAAGUGUUGCCCUAGCUGCCGCACAAUGGACGAAUCAGGGGUCAGACCAGAGCCAAUACUACCAGCAGCAGUACUCGGGUGCAGACGCAUCUUCACAUGGAGCGGCGUCUCAGGACACUUCACAGGACAGCACCAAGGAUGACAAAGUUCUCAUUGGACCAUCAUUGCCGCCUAAUGCAAUGUCAAGAUCCAGUUUGGGAACCGUGGUCGUGGAUGGGGUAACAUACAACAAGUACCCUGUUCCCGAUGUUUCGACGUACCGGUAUGAUGAGAAGUCUGGCUACUACUACGAUCCACUUACCGGACUGUACUAUGAUGCAAAUUCUCACUACUACUACAACACGGAAGCGCAACAGUAUAUGUACUGGGACAACGACAAGCAGACGUACCUUCCUGCACCCACUACGGCUGGUGCUGCUGCAACUAGUUCAGCCCUGGGUACAAUGGGUGAGCAGAUGAACGCACAAGUUGCAGCAGAUAAGGCUGAGGCUGCUCAGAAUGCUGAUGGUGAGAAGUCAAAGGGCAAAGACAGAGAUAAACAGGACAAAGUGAAGAUAGCCAAGAAAAUUGCUAAGGACAUGGAGCGUUGGGCCAAGACGCUGAACCAGAAGAAAGAGAAUGCUAAAAUGGGAAUAGUUGCGAAUCAACCAUCUGGAAACGAGGCAAGACAGUCUGCAGCUGCUGAUGCUGGGUUUGCUAUCCUUGAGAAGCACAACAUACCGGCUGAACGGCUUGCUUUCGGAGGAAGUCUCCUACGGAAAGAUUCUGAGCCUUCACGUCUUGGUCUCGCAAGUACAGUUUGUGACGUGCCAGCAGCACCAUCGUCUGCAUUAGUCCCGGAAUAUGGUGGGGGCAGCGACUCCGAUUCCGAGAACGAACCCGGAGCGAUGUUUGACGAGAGCCGUCUCACCGACUGGACAAAGCUUGCAUGCCUCCUCUGCAAGCGAAUGUUCCCUUCUAAGGAGGUGUUGAUCAAGCAUCAGCAGCUGUCUGACCUUCACAAACAAAACCUGGAAGCUCUAAGAAAGUCUAAAGGGAUCAGUACCGGCGGGGAGAACCAGGGCAUGUACAGAGACAGGGCGAAGGAGCGUAGGCAGAAGUAUGGGAUACCUGAGCCUCCAGUAUCUGAGAGGGCCAAAGAAAAGUAUGCAGCCGCUGCAGCCAAAGAUAUGAACUACGAAGAACCCACGAAGAACGGUAUCGGCGAAGACAACAUCGGCAACAAGAUGAUGAAGGCAAUGGGCUGGAACGAAGGCCAAGGACUUGGCAAGGCGAACACGGGCAUGACAGGCAUUGUGGAGGUUACACGAAGAGUCAGUGGAGCCGGUCUGGGCACCCGUGGUGCAACGUAUGGCGCAACUGUCGGCAACACAUACAAGGAAACUGUAAAGUUAUCGAUGCAGGCCAGAUACAAUGAGCUGGAAUAAUAAUUUGCUGGCUCAGCGCACCUUUGCGGAACUUGUUAUCAAUGUGGGCAAUAGACUUAUUUACUCGCUUUAAGCAUCACUGUAAAUAUAGCUUUCUUUUUUCACUCGCCCGUGACAUCACAUUCACUGAGUUUUGUUUUGCCCAGAGCUAAUGCUUUGACAGUGUGGAAUAUGUUGUAAAGUUGUAUUCUGAAAUUGUGUCAUCAAUUAUGCCUUAAGCAUUUGACUCAUAAAGCAUUCCCUCUUGUGAGCUGCUCACUAAAUAAACGUGUCUUCCUUUGUA